ACCAGUUAAAACCAAACACUGGUUCAUAUGUAAAUACUUUGAGACUUCUUUUUCGUAACCUGUUGCUCAAACCACUCGGAUGUUUCCAUCAAAUUAUGGCUCCCAAGUCAGCAACAAGGUCAUAUGAUAGUUCGUAUUGUCAGCCAAAUGGGGUUUUGAAGAAUUUCAAGGAAACGAAAUCAUUGCAUUUAGAGCUUCCAUCACAUGGAGAUGAGUUGGGAUCAGGAAGUGGUGGGGCUUCUUUCCUUAAAUGGAAAGCAGAGUUCGGAAGCAAUUUGAAGACUUGCAUUAUUCUUGGAGCAACAUCUUGUCAAACAAGUAACAAGUUUUCAUCAUCAAGUUUUUGCUUAAGACAAAAACAAGAGGAAUGCAUGGAGGAAACCUUAACCGAUGAUGAGCUGAAACUACGAGUUAUAUGGACUAUUUCCUGCUUAAUUGCCGCAUCAACAAGGCAUUAUCUGUUCAAGCAAAUUUUAGCUGACCAUCCAAUUCCAAAGCUUCAAAGAGUGCUGAUUUCUGAUGCAAAAAAACAAGGGAAGUUUUAUGUAGGAAAAGAUGAGCUUGGUGAGCUGAGGAAUUCCGUGAACUCAGAACAAGAAACACUGGAAUCAUCAUCAAUGGAGAGGACUCCAUUUCCAGAAUUGAGCAUGAAGCUAUGGUACUUACCUAUGCUAGAGUUGCCAGAGUCCGGUUAUGUGAUGAGGGGAGCAACACUUGUCCUUAUCAGACCUGUUGAUGGGAUAAUUGAACAGAGCAGUAGUACCGAUAUAAUCGUAGGGAGCUUGGACUCGGAAGGUGAUGAUGGGAAGGCAUUUAGUGAAGCUGCAAGAGAGAUGAUCAAAGUGAAGAAGAGUUAUUUGAUGACAAUGAGUUCCUUUUGAGAUGUAAAUAUAUGUAGUAGCUAAUGAAAAAUAUAUGCUUACAAUUCCCUUCUUAAA